CCUUCCUUCCUUCCUUCCUUCCUUCCUUCCUUUCUUUCUUUCUUUCUUUCUUUCUUUCUUUCUUUCUCCCCGCUUCCUCUUUAAAACAUCCUUUCUUCCAUUUCUCUGGCUGAGGUGGGCCUCCCUCCCUCCCUCCUGGCCUGCUUUUCCUGUGAUGUGGGGCAAGAGGCUGCACAUCUGGAGUGGAGGAGGAUGCUUUCUUUCCCAUGCUUCCCAUCCUCCCCCCCCCCUUUUCAUUCAUUCUGGGAACUUCCCAGCAUAAGUGAGAGGACUGACUGAGACUGAAGAUUGCCUGGGAUUCAUGUUCCCAAAAGCAGCUUUAUUUUGAAGCUGCUUUUGUCUCCCGGCCAGUGAUGGAAAUGUGGAGGGGGAAAUCAUGCUUGCUUUGGGGGGUUUAUAAAAAAAAACGGGGGUUCCCCUCAAUAAGACCUGAUGGAUGAGCCAAUUUAUUCAGCAUCCUUCAUUGAUUCACUCCAUCAAACCCCCAAUCUGUUUAAUCUGGAAUAAUUAUCCCCCCGGGCUCUGCAAUUGUAAAGUUCAGAAAGAAUAUUUAACACGCAGCUCUUCCUUUCCCAGAGGCUGUUUUAAAGUAAAUCUAUUAUAAUUUCCAAAAGACUCUUUUAAAGUCCUCUACAUAUCGCCUUCAUUAAUUUUCAGCACUGCAUUACUUUUUUUUACCGUGUUGUCUUUUGGAUCAUUGCAUCAGUACUACAGCGUUGGUACCGCUAGUUUCUAUCCUGAUUUUUUUCUUUUCAGGAAAGCUCGUUUUUUAUUCUUAGAACAAGUCCUGGGAGAUUGGAGGAGUGGAUCUUAAGAUCAGUCAUGUUUGAAAUUAAGAAAAUCUGCUGUAUCGGUGCUGGUUACGUUGGUGGGCCAACAUGUAGUGUUAUUGCUCAGAUGUGCCCCAAAAUUAAAGUCACCGUGGUCGAUGUUAAUGAAGCUCGAAUUGGGGCCUGGAAUUCUGACAUCCUUCCGAUUUAUGAGCCAGGACUUAAAGAGGUAGUAGAAUCUUGCAGAGGGAAGAAUCUGUUUUUCUCCACCAACAUCGAUGAGGCUAUCAGAGAAGCCGAUCUUGUAUUUAUUUCUGUUAAUACGCCAACGAAGACCUACGGGAUGGGGAAAGGCCGGGCUGCCGACCUGAAAUAUAUCGAGGCUUGCGCAAGAAGGAUCGUGCAAAACUCCAACGGUUAUAAAAUUGUGACUGAGAAAAGCACCGUUCCCGUGCGGGCCGCGGAGAGCAUCCGCCGGAUAUUUGACGCCAACACAAAACCGAAUUUAAAUCUGCAGGUCUUGUCCAACCCGGAAUUCUUAGCGGAGGGCACAGCUGUCAACGACCUCAAGAAUCCAGACCGAGUAUUGAUAGGAGGAGACGAGACCCCCGAGGGGCAGAAAGCCGUCCGUGCGUUGUGUGCUGUCUAUGAGCAGUGGGUGCCCAGAGAGAAGAUCCUGACCACGAAUACGUGGUCUUCGGAGCUCUCCAAACUGGCAGCCAACGCUUUCCUCGCUCAGAGGAUUUCCAGUAUCAAUUCCAUCAGUGCGCUGUGUGAAGCCACGGGCGCUGAUGUCGAAGAGGUGGCCAGAGCCAUCGGAAUGGACCAAAGAAUUGGAAACAAGUUCUUGAAGGCCAGCGUUGGAUUUGGUGGGAGCUGUUUCCAAAAAGAUGUUCUGAAUUUGGUUUAUCUUUGCGAGGCUCUGAACUUAUCUGAAGUGGCUCGCUAUUGGCAACAGGUGAUUGACAUGAAUGACUAUCAACGAAGGAGAUUUGCUUCCCGGAUCAUCGAUAGCCUCUUCAACACAGUCACCGAUAAGAAGAUUGCUAUUUUGGGAUUUGCAUUUAAAAAGGACACAGGAGAUACCAGAGAAUCUUCCAGUAUCUACAUCAGCAAAUAUUUAAUGGACGAAGGUGCCAGGCUCCAUAUCUAUGAUCCCAAAGUACUGAAAGAGCAAAUCAUUCUGGAUCUUUCGCACCCAGGGGUCUCCGAGGAUGACCAAGUCUCGCGACUGGUCACCAUUACUAAGGACCCGUACGAAGCCUGCGAGGAGGCCCACGCUCUCGUAAUUUGCACAGAGUGGGACAUGUUUAAGGAGCUGGAUUACGAGCGCAUUCACAAGAAAAUGCUGAAGCCGGCUUUUAUCUUCGAUGGCAGGAGGGUCCUGGAUGAUCUCCAUCAUCAACUGCAAGCGAUCGGGUUCCAGAUCGAGACAAUCGGGAAGAAAAUCUCAGCCAAAAGAAUUCCCUUCGCGUCAUCCGGAGACAUUCCGAAAUUCAGUCUGCAGGACCCUCCUCUAAAGAAGCCGAGAGUCUAGGCUUCAUUGGUACAGAAAAGUUGGGAUAAGAAGGAAAACAGAAGGAAAUAAUAGGCACCCCUUGAGCCUCAAUGAAGCAUUACAAAUGGUUUGAUUUCAAUAGGAGAUUUAAAUAUCUCCCACUGAAACCCCACUUAACACUCCGCUCUGGCUAAACGAAGUUUAGCAUUUUUGCACAGGAUUUUAUACGAACUAUUGAGGUACAGCGCCGUCGUUAUGUGGGACAUUUUCAACCAGAAUUCUCUUUUAUAAGGUCUAUUUUUCUAGUAUUGUAACUUCUACCAAUGACGUGUUAACUAUACAACCAUCGUGUUUUUAAUAACUUUUUAACGGAACAUCGUCUUCGAACUUCCAAGAUUUUAGGGGUUGGUUUGUUUUGCAAGAUUUCACAGACUCAAACUUUAGCUUUGACAUCUUGGAUUGAAAAUAGGAGAAAGCAAGAGGUUUCCUACCCUAUUUAAUAGGUUGUCACCUACUAAUACCAUGUAACAUUAUUCACGUUGGAAGUUUAAAUUAAGACUUGUCUGGUAUGGAAAUCUCCAGCAAAGGGAUAUUUUUAUUCGUGAGUGAAAUCAAGGCAUUAAUGAAAUGACGGUUGAGGUAAUUUGCAUAAAAAUAAUGCUUAGUCCAGAGAAGACCCAAAAUAAGGAAUUAUUAAUUCUGCUUUCUCUUCAGUCGCUGAUAUGUUGACCAUCACUUUCAGAGGUUUAUAUGGAAGCCCACCUUAGAAGCUAAACCAAGCACGUUUCUUAUUGUGGUUAAAAACAGACCUGGGACUUUAUAGUUUUGUCCAGAUAUGGAAUUGAUCUGAUUUUAGUACGCUACAUUAAGCUAAUUUAUUGUAACCGUAGUUUACUGAAUAAAUCAAAAGUUAGCCCGGUUCGUACAAUACCGUAAGCCAAGACCAAGCAAGCAAAAUACAAUUUUAAGCACGCUGUGUGAACUGGGACACACAACAUAUCCUUAAAAUAUCUGGGAAAAUGUGUUCGUUUUGCAGAGUCUUGGGCAUUACCAGUAUCUUUUCACAUCCUUAUUACAAGACAGAGGUCUGAUUUUUGAUUAUUUUUUUUUCCUUUGGCAGUUUGUUCCAGUAAACGACGCAUAAAAUAAUAACCAAAGGAUUUUUGUUUUUCGGUACCCGCGGGAAUAAAUAUAAUAAAUAUAAAACUGGAAUACCCAUCACUGCAAUGGGAUUGUGGUUUAAUUCUCAACGCAUUUGUACUGAACAUAAACAAAACAGGAGCCCUUCUUUUCCUUGGAUCAGCUGCAAACAACUGUCUGAGGGACCAUUUUGUCAAACGGCCUCAAAAUUAGCACGUCGAUUCAUUUUUUGAUUCAAGAGCCUCAUUCGUACCUUUUAUAAAACGGUCUUGUUAGUUGGCAGGGAAAAGAUAAUAUUGUAGCCGAGCUUCAAUCCAGCAGUUUAAUCAAGAAUAUCAUAUACGGUACAGAUGCUUUUAAUCCUAUUUAAAGCCAACGAGAAAAGUCAUUUUGUUGUGUUUUACGCAAACGGGGAUAAUGACUGACAGUUGCUCUUGACUAGGAUUGAAAAGACGGUUAGCAAUAUGAUGGGGACUACUACGGAGCAAACAGUGAUUAUUGAUGAGAGAGGGGAAAAAAUGCAUAUCCAUCUUUUGAUUCCUUAAUGUAUGUGUCUCAUUCUACCUCUGUUUUUCUUGAUAUGUUUGAACGCCGCUAAUUGGAUAAUGAGUGAUUCUUUUUUUUUGUACAAUAUCACAAUGUGUCAGGAUCCAGGAACAAAUAAAAUAUUUUGUAUUCUU